CCCCGCUGCCCGCAGCCAACAUGGCCGCUGUCGCUACUGGCGCCUCACGCGGCAGCCACGACAGCCGCAGCCUCCCCAUGGAAGGGACGGAAGUGAUGUAGCGGCGGGAGCGGAACGGAGCGAGGCUGGGCCGGGCCGGGCCGGGCCGUGGGCGCCGGUUGCAGAGCGAUGAACAGCCGGCUGCAGGAGAUCAGGGAGCGGCAGAAACUUCGGCGGCAGCUCCUGGCCCAGCAGUUAGGAGCCGAAAACGCAGACAGCAUCGGAGCCGUGCUGAACAGCAAAGAUGACCUGCGGGAGAUCGCUGAAACAAGAGAAACGUGUAGGGCUGCUUAUGAUACUUCUGCACCAAAUGCAAAACGCAAAUAUCCAGAUGAGGGAGAAGCUGAUGAAGAAGAGAUUGAAGAAUAUAAGGAUGAAGUAGAGUUGCAGCAAGAUGAAGAGAACCUGCCCUAUGAAGAAGAGAUUUACAAAGAUUCUAGUACCUUUCUUAAGGGUACUCAGAGCUUAAAUCCUCACAAUGAUUACUGCCAACACUUUGUGGAUACAGGACACAGACCCCAGAACUUCAUCAGAGAUGUUGGCUUAGCAGAUAGGUUUGAAGAAUAUCCAAAACUUAGAGAGCUCAUCAGAUUGAAGGAUGAGCUGAUAUCUAAAUCUAACACUCCUCCCAUGUACUUACAAGCAGAUUUGGAAGCUUUUGAUAUUAGGGAACUGAAGUCCAAAUUUGAUGUGAUUCUCUUGGAACCACCUCUGGAAGAAUACUACCGAGAGACUGGCAUUACUGCCAACGAAAAAUGCUGGACCUGGGAUGAUAUCAUGAAGUUGGAAAUAGAAGAAAUUGCAGCACCAAGGUCAUUUGUGUUUUUGUGGUGUGGUUCAGGCGAGGGUCUGGAUCUUGGCCGAGUGUGUCUACGCAAAUGGGGUUACAGAAGAUGUGAGGACAUUUGUUGGAUUAAAACAAAUAAGAACAAUCCUGGAAAGACCAAGACUUUAGACCCUAAGGCUGUUUUCCAAAGAACCAAGGAGCACUGCCUCAUGGGUAUCAAGGGAACUGUGCGUCGCAGUACAGAUGGUGACUUCAUCCAUGCUAAUGUUGAUAUUGACCUAAUCAUCACAGAAGAGCCUGAAAUUGGCAACAUAGAAAAACCCGUAGAAAUUUUUCACAUCAUUGAGCAUUUCUGCCUUGGACGACGACGUCUUCAUCUUUUUGGAAGGGACAGUACAAUCCGACCAGGUUGGCUGACUGUAGGACCCACCCUCACAAACAGCAAUUUCAAUGCAGAAACAUACUCUGCAUACUUCACAGCUCCAAACUCCCACCUUACCGGCUGUACAGAGGAGAUUGAGAGACUUCGGCCCAAGUCACCACCACCCAAGUCCAAGUCUGACAGGGGAGGUGGUGCUCCUAGGGGAGGAGGAAGAGGAGGAACUUCAGCAGGCCGAGGAGAAAGGGGCAGAGAGAGGAACAGAACAAACUUUCGGGGUGAGAGGGGUGGUUUCAGAGGGGGCCGGGGGGGUACCCAUAGAGGAGCAUUCCCCACACGCUGAUGAUUGUUAGGUAAUCGCUUCUUCCCCUGGUCCUGUGCCUCAUCUCUGAAUCUUUUUCUUAGUUUUGUUUUUGCUGACGUGAAUUAUUCUGGGGACUUGAAGUAGAUGACUUUUAAAGUUGUUUCUGGUGCAAGCAGUCACAGAUAGUCUGCCUUCCAGUGACCAGCCAGGCACAUUGCCUCACCAAGCAGGCCCUGUCCCUGGCAGUACUAACUUGGCCUCCUCACAGCUUAUGAACCAGGGAGUGCCAUUUCAUCACACCUCAGAAAGGAUUGAAGAGGCUUUUCGCUUACAAGACUUGCAAGGUGUGGGCUUUUGUCAUUUUCUCCAAAACACAGAUUCUUCUGUCUUUGGAGGUUCAGGUUUGGAUUUGGAUUAAUACGAUGGAAGGGGCAUGAAAUGCAGUUCUGACUUGCAUGGCCGUAGCAGACUUACUCAUGGAAGAAAAAGACUGUGUCUAUUGAUACCUGUUUCAACUUGUUUGAGACCAAGGAGCAAACUGAAUAAAUAGAGUUCUAUUUUUUCUUAUUUGGUUUAAAUUUUCUGAAUUAUUCCUGGGAAUUUGGGAACAAGUUUUUCAUUCGUGGUGUAUAUACACUCUUCAUGUUUGUAGUGAGGAGAGUGGUAGUACUGUGUGCUGUGCUUCAUGGAAAGCAGUAAUUUGUAUGUUCAUGUGCAGUGCAGAACUUCACAGAUCUGGAUUGCUUCAUGAGUAGGGAUUUUCACCCAGUGUCUGUUCAUAAAUGCCUUGUUCUUUGGUAGGGAAAACUUCUGUUGCAGAGCAGUUGCAGCGUGAGAAGUAGAAAGACCUCACUGGAGGUUGCACUGGAAAUGUGAGGUGAUGUUGUGUUUCCUGAAACUUGUCACCUGAGUAACCAGGGCACAGUAAUUAAAUCAGAGUUUUGCUUUGCUGUGGACAUUAUGUUGUGUAUUGAAAUAGACAGUGGAUGAUCAGCUCCCAAGUACUGUGUGAAAAGAAAGGGAUUUACUUGGGUACGUACAAGAUGUAAUUUCAGUGAAACCACAACUCUGAACUUGUUGGUCAGUACUCUGCAGGCUGAACAAACCUGGCUGUUGAAAUCUCCAAGUCUUAUGUGUUGGAAAACUGGCUUUUAAGUCUCAUGUUUCCCUGCUGAAGUCUAGCUUUUAAGUAACUGUCUUGUAAAGUAAUGGCUUAUUAAACUUGUUUCUCAAAGCUAA